AUGACUAAAUCUGAGAUGACCCCAUCCGACAAGACGGCUACCGCCGACACUUCGCCCGACAACAGCAGCAAUGCCGAGGACCUGUACAUUGGGGCUCCAGUUGAUGGAGUUGUUGGUAAUGAUUUAGCAUUGAAAGAAGUCCACACUUUAACCGAUUUGAACGCAAAGGCUCGCGACUUCAGUCGUGUCUCCGACCCCAAGCGAAUCAAGGAGAUCUGUUGUGAGCGCAUACCUUCAUGGUCCGGAAUGCAGAUGACUCCAGAUGAUGUACAGGUAGAGCAAAUCAUGGCCGGUUUGACCAACCAGCUUUUUAGCGUAUUCUCUAAGCGCCCUGAAGUAGUACCAGCGAAGGUACUAUUUCGCGUAUAUGGUGAUACGGUGGCAGACCUAUACGAUACGAAUUUUGAGGUGGAGGUCUUUAAGACCUUGGCGGCCAAUCACGCUGCCCCAAAAUUCAUUGCCGAAUUCAACGGAGGAAGAAUAGAGGAAUAUAUAAACGGACCCGCACUCCUCGUCAAGGAAAUGGGGAACCCCAGCAUUGUGACUGCCAUUGCAAAUAUUCUGUCUAAAUUCCACCGGCUGCAUUUGCAUGUACCUGAGAUGCAGCGCUGGAAAAGCGAUACGGCUUGGGUGUUCGACGCCAUCCACAGAUGGGGGAAGAAGGCAGCUCGCCUAGUGGAGUUGGCCGAGUCGGAAGCUCUGAGACAAGAUGCCCCAGUUCGUAGAACAGAAAGCUUUGGCACCACCGAGGACGUUCUCAUCGACAAGAGCAACUUGAUGUCUUUAGCGGAACGCAAAAGUAUGGUAAAGAACCUCGAGCAAACCGGCGUCACUGAAAUGCUCAAGGAAAUUGACCAUAUUGAGGAACUCUGUUUGCCUUCCCACAUCGACAGAAACCACCCUCUAGUCGCGUUGGCAUUUUGUCACAACGACACGCAGGAAAACAAUAUUCUUUGUACCGGCACUCGUCUCCGGUUAAUUGACUUCGAGUACUCAAAUUUCAGUCAUCCCGCGUUCGACAUAGCGAACUUCUUCUGCGAGAUGACCAUGGACUAUUGCCAUCCGGACCCGCCUUAUUACACCCACAAGAGCGCGCCCGAGGAUUUCCCACAGGACGAACUGAUUAGGCUAUUCGGUAGUGUAUAUUUAUCGGCAGUCACCGGCGAGACCGUAUUGCCGGCUGAUGAGCAGCUGAAUUUAUUUGUCGAGAUUGUACAUCGUUUUGCGCUAGCGAGCCAUUUGAUGUGGGGAUUCUGGUCGAUUAUUCGGGCCCCCCAGGCAGCCACAAACAGUGACUUCGAUUUUCUGUUGUACGCGAAAAGCCGGUUUGACGCGUACAGGAUGUGGAAAGACAGGAGGAACUUUUGA